AUGGCAUCAAACGGCACCCACGCCAUUUUACCGGUCGCAACGCAGUUCUCCGCUUCAUCGUUGACUGCAGUAUCAAGUGCUCCUACGUCCACUGGAGCUAAUGCUGUCUCGGUAUCUUCGGAGCAGGAUGCCAACCACGACAGCACACCGCCUUUAUCAGAUCAAGGUAUCAUCAUCGAGCAUCCAUACGAGGUCGACUGGUCAGUGUACCGCGACUUUUCAUCGCUUGCGACAACGGACGGUACCUACUUCGUCGUGGAUUGGGGUCAGGGGGGCAUAGAGGCAUAUAACCCGAGCUUUGUCCCCCAUCCCAGCAACCAUGACCAGUGGAUUGUUGUUGCUCAACAAUCGCUGAGUGACGAAGACUUGAAAGCACAUCGCUCAGCGCAGCUUGCAUGCAGCGCGAGUUUCGUUGACUCAAGUCUAGUCUGUUUGGAACCUCCAAUCAAGCUACCUAUACGGCAUACACUGCCAUGCGAAAACAAUGACAAGCGUGGACCACAUGAUGCACGCGUCUUCUACGGCCCUGACAUGCCCUACAUUCUUUACGGUUCAGAUUCUGCAUUUUCCUGCCUCGGAAUGUGGCUUCAUGACGCGAGGACGUUACUUCCCGAUUUCGACAAUUUGACUCGUAUGGACAAUCCGUUUGGGGAGCCUGUCGACGUGCAAAAGCCAACGCCUCCCUACGGCGAGACGGAGAAGAAUUAUUUUGUCUUCUGGGACUUGGAGAGAAAGCCUUACGUGCAUACCGAUCUGAUGGGAGGACGCCAUGAGGAAGGUGUGCGCCAAUUCGCACCCCUCAAUGCCGAUGGCUCAGUUGGGUCCGACCUUGCUCCUGCAGUUGCGAAAGCAGACAGCCUUUGUAUGACAAAUUAUAUGCCCCGAAUGGGGAUAAGGAAUGACCCCGACGCCGGGUUUAUUCGGUAUGAAGCUAUCCACCAAGCUUCGAAUUCGCUCUCGAUCACACUUUGCAAGAAGUCCGACCUUGAAUGCAUGAGUAAACCGAACAACACCUUUAUUAUGGUUGUUUUCCACCAUAAAACAUUUUAUAGCUGGCAUGCUGAAUACCACCCAUAUAUUAUGCUUUUCCAGCAAAGCGCGCCGUUUGCGAUACAUGCCAUCUCUCAAAAAGGAAUUUGGAUGCACGGCCGGACCACUCUCACCAACACUACCGACGCGAAGGAAUGGCGAGGCCGGGACGACCUUCCUGUCGCUCAUUCGGAGAUGUUUUUCGUGACUAAUCUAAGUUGGAAGAAGCACGGGCUGAUGUACCACGGAUAUCUAGAUGAUGAAGUGUUUCUUGGAUUUGGCAUUGAGGACACUAGAGCUGGGGGCAUUGACGUCUUAGCGGGAGACUUACUGCAAGAUCUAGCAUAUUGUUUUGAAGCUGAUAUCUGA